AUGUCGACACAAACUCAAGGUGUCCAUGACUCCAGGGUGAAAUACAGCAGAGGGACCCAUGAGGAUGGAAGAGGAAGAGAGCAAAUCGAGGUGGAGAUGUUAGACGAUGGAGAGCAGAACCCUGCUGGUGGAUUACAAGAAGCUGAUGAACACACCCAGAGAAAGCUUCCAGCUGUGGACAGCAGCUGUUUCAGAGCGUUUGAAGUGACCCUGGGAGUGCUGUAUCUGCUGAUUCUGGCUGGAAUCUUAACACGCUAUAUUUUAGUGAGUUUGGAAAAAGAGCAGCUGCAGAAAGAAGUGAAGCUGAAGGACAAGAUGGAAGAUGCUUUGAACAAGAGUGAAUUCAACAAACUUCACUUCAAACACAAUAAACUGAACCACAGUUACAACGAGCUACAGACUGAACAUCAAGAGACAAAACGACUCAACAGUCAGUUACAGGAAGAAGUGAAGAAGCUGAAGGAGAAGAUAGAAGAGAAGUGUCCUGAAGGAUGGAUGAGAUUUGGAAGCAAGUUUUACUUUAAAUCCACUGAGAAGAAAACUUGGUCUGAGAGCAGGAGAGCCUGUCAGGAUAAAGGAGCUGAUCUGGUGAUGAUAACCAGCAAAGAGGAACAGGAAUUUGUCAGUAAAUUUGGAGGACACUCUUGGAUUGGUCUGGAAGCUAAACAGACAUCAGGAGGAUAUGAAUGGGAAUGGGUGGACGGAUCAGCGCUGACAGAAACGUUCUGGGCAGAAGGAUCGUCAGAUCCUUAUUCUGGAUACCGUGGAGUCUGCUGUGACCGUGAUGGGAAAUGGAUGCAUUCAUCUUAUUCUCAUUCAACGACCUUCAUCUGUGAGAAAUGA